AUGAUAAUUUUAUCUGUUUCAGCAAUUAAAGAAAUUUUUGAAGAUAUUAAGAGGCGACGAGCUGAUCAUAAGGUUAAUUCUUUUAAAACGUUGGUAUUGGAAAACAACGCUUGGCAAUCUACAAACUGGCGAGAUGUCGAAGUGGGAGAUCUAGUCCGGGUGGAUAACGAUCAGUUGUUUCCCGCCGAUUUGCUAUUGCUUUCUUCGAGUGAACCUCAGGGCAUGUGUUAUAUAGAAACGUCCAACCUAGACGGAGAGAACAACCUCAAAAUCAAACAGAAGAAAUGUCGUCGUCGGAAAGUGUGCGUAACCGUAAUACUGAUGUUCGUCGCAUUAACCUCUGUGGUAGCGGAGCAGCACUACCGGUCCACUUCAUCACUUGUCACAUUGGAUACGUUAAGUGAUUUCGAGGCGAAGGUAGAGUGUGAACAUCCUAGCCGCCAUGUAACAGAAUUCAGCGGUAAUCUGAUCAUAGAGGAAGCUAAACCUUUUGGCAUCGAUCAGUUAUUGCUUCGUGGUGCUCGGCUGAAAAAUACACCAUGGAUCUUUGGUGCUGUCAUAUACACCGGCCAUGAUUCCAAACUUAUGAUGAACUCAAAGACGGCACCUUUGAAAAGUGGAACAGUUGACAAGAAGACGAACACUCGCAUCAUUUUCCUGUUUUUAGUCUUGGUUGCAUUAGCCAUUAUCAGCGCGAUAGGUGCUGAGAUUUGGCGAGGUAGUCAUCUUCCACAGGCUUGGUAUAUUUCCUUUUUACAGAACGACAGUAGGACCUCUUUUCCAUGGCAUGUUUUGACGUUCUUUAUCCUCUACAACAAUUUGAUUCCUAUCAGUUUGCAAGUUACCCUGGAGAUUGUGCGAUUCUUCCAAGUUCGUUUGUUUUUCUUGCUUCUGAAUGUUCGGCGUACUAUGCUUCAUCCUUUGCAGGCUGGCUACAUCAAUGCAGACCAAGAGAUGUACGAUGCCAAUAGCGACUCAUGCGCUAUUGCUCGGACAUCGAAUCUGAACGAAGAGUUGGGACUGGUGAAGUACGUAAUGAGUGAUAAAACGGGUACGUUAACAAGAAAUGUGAUGAAGUUCAAACGAGUAUCUGUUGCUGGGCGACUCUUCGGUGACAAUGAAACUGAUGAGUUUGACGACGACAGCCUCGUUGAGGAAUACCGAUAUGCGCCUCUUACCAAGACUGGUUCUCAAAUAAGAGAGCUGCUGACGAUGAUGGCCGUCUGUCAUACGGUUGUGCCGGAGGACAAAGAUGGAGAGUUGUCUUAUCAAUGUUCUUCUCCCGACGAGGGCGCAUUGGUUCGUGGAGCGGCUGCGCAAGGAUUUGUUUUUCAUACAAGAAAACCAAAAAAAGUGUUAGGCGAAGAUGAAGCGUAUGAAGUACUCGAUGUGAUCGACUUCACAAGUGACAGAAAGCGAAUGAGUGUUGUUGUGCGGGAUCCCUCAGGACGCAUCAAGCUUUACACCAAAGGAGCGGACACGGUCAUUUUCGAACGGCUGGUUGACGGAUCCGAGGCGGUUAUCGAUUCUUGCCAUGCGCACCUCGAAGAUUUUGCUUCCUAUGGUUAUCGAACACUUUGCUUCGCCAUGCGAGAGAUAAAAGAGCAAAUAAUUGCAGCUCAUUCAUGUGCGUUGUGUCAUCAAAAUACUGAGCUGUUAAUAGUGGACAAAGAUACGUAUGAGGAUACCUACACAAAACUGGUACAAUUGGUCAACCGCUCAAAACAGCUUAUCAAAGAGGAGAAGGAAUUCGCUAUGAUAAUCGACGGAAAGUCACUUGUUCAUGCGUUGGUUAGUGAGUGUCGGACGUAUUUUGGUGAGCUGGCGUUGAAAUGUCGAGCUGUUGUCUGUUGUCGAAUGAGUCCAAUGCAGAAGGCUGAGGUGGUCGAGAUGGUGCGUGGCCUUGGGAAUCAUGUUGUUAUGGCUGUUGGUGAUGGCGCUAAUGACGUUGCAAUGAUUCAGGCAGCCAAUGUUGGCAUCGGAAUUUCUGGAGAAGAGGGCUUACAAGCCGCAUCAGCCUCUGACUAUGCCAUUCCAAGGUUCCACUUCUUAAGGCGGUUAUUAUUACAAUUUUUCCUGUGGAUUGGUAUGGCUCUCGUUCACUCGCUCUCACUGUUCUUCCUCUCUUAUGGGUUCCUGGAUUCCAUUGUUGGCCUGUUUGUGGUUGUCACGGUAUGUUUGAAAGCACUUCUGGAGUGUGACUCGUGGACAUGGCCAAUCGUGGCUGCUUGUUUCGGCUCUAUCCUGCUUUGGUUGCUUUUCUUACCUCUGUAUGCCGCGGUGUUUCCUACAAUAUCUUCGCGAAUCGGUGGCGACAUGGCUGGUAUGGCUUAUAUUAUGAUGUCUUCCACAUUGUUUUGGUGCGCCUUAAUUUUCAUCCCGUGUGCCACUUUGAUUUGGGAUCUCGUCAUCAAGAGCAUUUUCACUAUCACCCUGCCAACUCCACGAGAGAUGGCAGUGAUGCAGUUGAAGGGCACGACAUCAUCUCCAGGAUUCGAACGGUUAGCAAGCAAGUCGGCACGAGUUUCGGCAGCGAAGUCGCCACCUAAAGAAAACGGCGUUGGUUCUCACUCGGAGCCUUUACGUGAAACGACACGUCUUCAUGGACACGACAAUCCUGCUUUGGAAUACGGUAGCACGGAAAUGGUAAUGUUCGGUCUACCAAACAGCAGCGACUCGUCCAAUAUCACCCUUACUCUUUCAACGGUAUUGGAGAAUGUUCGACUUCUUCGUGAUUCUCUUCGUUCUGAGCGACGGCUUAGUGAUUCGUCUUUGUCACUCGCGGAACAGGCCAGAUACGGUUAUGCGUUCUCUCAAGACGAAACUGGUGCUAUGGCUCAGACUGAGUUGGUGCGUAACGCUGACUCUACGGUCGCGAAACCUUCAGGGUUGUGA